CAUACUUGUAGGAUUGUCUGCCCCCCUGGUUAUCUUCCCUGAUCUCGUCAACUUACAGACGUCGUUCCUGAUGUCGCGUUCCGAGCCACGAUUGAUCGACGACUGCACCGCCACACAUACCCAGCAUGGUCUAGUUACAUAAUGAUGUGGAGCUUGGCGGCUGGGCAGGUGUGGCUGGUUCUGGGCAUAAGUCCGCCGACGUAAUUCGCGCUCGGCUUCAUUAUUGUCAUCAUCGUGGCAGAAACGAAAAUUGCUUGGUGGUUACGCUGCUUCUCAGACUCAGAUUCUUCGAUUUUCAUAUAUUUCGCGGAGUUGUCCCUUUUACCCUUCUGUGGUUAGUGCUGUCCAGAGAUAAACAAAGAAAAUCCAAGAAUGGCGAUUUGUAUUACUUUCGGGACGCAUGAAUUUACCUCGCGGCUCCAAGGAUACGAAAAUAUAACGGCACAAUGCCAGAACUGCGGAAAUUGGUCUGCUCAAUGCAUCACUCGGUGGCCAUGGUUUACAGUAUGUUUCGUGCCUGUUAUUCCGUUGGCAUUCCAUAAGUACAAGGAAGUAUAUUGUCACAUCUGCCGGUUUACACAGGAUAUAAAAUACCGACCCGAUGUCCAAUCCCAGCAUAUGCAGGGAGGCCAAGGUCCACCUCCAGUCGCUUCAGGUGCCAAUGCUGGACCAGGACAGUUCCCACCAGGAGGAUAUUACGGUUAUAAGUGAUAGUUAACUAUGCGGAGUACAAUUGUGCAUAGCCCAGGUGAUCAACUAGCUUUCGGAUCUACUAUGGUGUACAUCGCUUUGAGGCGGCAUUUUUACCUAGGCUGGGAGGAGA